AGGAGACAACCCCUCCAGAAGCAGCCGAAGCUCCGUUCCUCACGUCACACAAGGCAAUGCUGGAGACGCACACAAUCCGCUGGUUCCGAUGAAAGGAAGAAGUCGAGCGUAACUCGGGCUGUCCAUGCGCUGACAUCAGACAUCGUCCAGAUAAGCUCGGCGCUCACACACAUCCUGCCGGGGCGGCGGGGAGGGGAAACUCUCUGCGGAGCUGCUACUAUUGUGAACACAUAGCGGGGGUCGCGUAGAGGGAAGAAGAAGAAGAAGAAGAUGUUAAUGAAGGAGUACAGGAUAUGCAUGCCCCUCACUGUAGAGGAGUACCGGAUCGGGCAGCUGUACAUGAUUAGCAAACACAGCCAUGAGCAGAGCGACCGAGGGGAAGGAGUGGAGGUGGUCCAGAACGAACCCUUUGAAGACCCAGUUCACGGCCAAGGACAGUUCACAGAGAAACGAGUCUACCUCAACAGUAAACUACCCACCUGGGCCCGAGCAGUGGUUCCUAAAAUCUUCUACGUCACAGAGAAAGCCUGGAACUACUACCCUUACACCAUAACGGAGUAUACAUGCUCAUUCCUGCCCAAGUUCUCCAUCCACAUAGAGACAAAAUAUGAGGACAACAAAGGAAGCAACGACAAUAUCUUUGAAAUUGAGCUGAAGGACCAGGAGAGGGAGGUUUGCUUCGUCGACAUCGCCUACGACGAAAUCCCUGAGCGCUACUACAAAGAGUCCGAGGAUUUGCGAUAUUUCCAGUCGGAAAAGACAAAGCGAGGCAUACUGCAGGAAGGCUGGAGGGACACACAGGAGCCCAUCAUGUGCUCCUACAAACUGGUCACAGUCAAGUUUGAGGUGUGGGGCCUGCAGACACGAGUGGAGCAGUUUGUGCACAAGGUGGUCAGAGAUGUGCUGCUGCUGGGACACAGGCAGGCGUUUGCUUGGGUUGACGAGUGGAUAGACAUGACAAUGGAUGAGGUGAGAGAGUUUGAGCGUACCAUCCAGGAGGCCACCAACCAGAAGAUUGGGGUGUUUCCCCCAUCAAUCUCCAUAAGCGAGACCCCCUUGUCCUCCUGCGCCCUAACCGGCCCUGCCAGUGCCCCGUCAACACCGAUGUGCACGGAUGCACCCGAAUCUCUCUCUGUCCCCAAAGACCGGCCCCGUAAAAAGUCCGCCCCUGAAACACUGACCCUACCUGAGCCCGUCCCCAGCGAAGCCGCAGAGGGCUCUACCCUGAACCAGUUACCCGUUUCCAACCAUCUCCAGUCAUCCACAUCUCCUUCCGACUGCGACCCUGCUGAAAUGGGCGAGCAGUAGAACAGCCUCCAUUGUAUACUUCUUCUUUACCCGUUGUCUUAUGAGCCCAAUGAGGGUACCCUUGCCUCCAAGCACCAGUGCCCUGACUUUCAACUUGUUUAGCCAUAUCCAACGAUAAAACAUAAUCGUUAUACCAAUCCCUCUAUAGGUCUUCAUUAGCGUCAUUGAUGCCAUCCAGGCAGCUGUAGGCCCGGUCACUUUGGUGUGGCCGAGCGUAAAGUCAAGCGAGCCAGAUGUCAGAUCUUUUCUAAUUAAUGCAUUUAAUGUUUAUCGAAAGCAAAGAUUAUUUUUGUUGAGUGGCAGUUCUUUUUGUAAAUAAAUCCUUUUCAUUGUUUCCGUAGUUACGUUUUCUUCAAUCAGACUAUCUGGCCACGAAUUAUUGCAUUUUGAAGUAGUUGCCUUGACACCACAGAGCCAGUGGAGAUUCAGCUUCGAUAGUGUUCAGAGUAAUCUUACCCGUUACUAAUCUGCAUAGUUGAUAGCAUGAUGAUGAUCGACUUGAUGACUCAAACUGGAACAGCACAGUAGAAGUAGAACAGAACGCCGGAGAGGCAAUCAAGUACAUUGACUGUAGAUCCGUUGAAGUGUUUCUGUAGCCAGUCGGCCUGGCAUGUGGAUCGCGCUGUACUCGUCGUUUCCUCUCUUAACUCAAAAAGAAUGCAAAAUCUGUACAAUCAUGAAGAGAAUGCACCUCAGGUCUCCCCAAACUCUACCUGGUUCGCACUCCAAAGGCAGGGACGCUGUUAUACGUAACUCUGCCCGCUUAUUUGCCAAACCAUUUUAUACUUCCAGAGAUGUUAUAACACAAAAAUAUAUGUAAAAAAAAAAAACCCACAAAAAAAACAGCCUACUUAAACCUGGGAAUGUUUACACAUCUUAGACCUUUUAAAUGAAACCGUCACUAUGUCUGCAGUUGCAGUUUGAAGUAGGUGGUUUAACGCUUGCAAAAUUUUAUUUGUUCAUCCUCUGUAUCUGAAGACGAUUAAGAGGUCGGUAUCAGCAGGAGUACGUUGAUUGCAUUUUCAAAGUCAGAUGUUGCCUGAAACUAACGACGGAUAGCUUGUGUGACAUAAAUGUGAUUCAGGAAAAUCAAAUCAGUCAAAUCACUUUCGUCACAUGUUGGGGGAACAAAACGCCUUUUUAGGACAGCUGUUAGUCACCGACUGACCCUCGCGCACAGUGAAGGUGAUGAAAAGUCGGUGCUAAAUUUGAAAAGACGGGCACAUGUGUCAAGCUGACUUGUGUAUGUGCUUCAUUAGGCGCACAGUGUGUGAAGAUUGAACUUGCCAGCCCAGAUUGGUGAAAGAAAAGCAGAGCUUUUAGGCGAAACGAAAACAUCCUUUGCAGACACCAGUCAUUUAUUUUAUUUGUGUAUUGAUGGUCGUCUGUCAAAGAACCAGUAGAUUUUAGUACACCGAUCAAUAUACUCUUUUUGUUUUCCAAACAAUAUUAUUCAACGAAGGGGUUUUUAUAAUGCUGCAUGGAAUGUGUUCACAACUUGUAUACAAAAUAUAUGAUGUGUGAUUAUACUGUGUAUGAAUGGAUUGUUACAGUAUAAGUAAUGUAACUCAUGAUGAAAAAAAAAAUGCUUCCAUUGGAAGUCUGAAGUAAUUUUGUACAGUAGAAAAUCAGAUUUCGACUGAAAUGUAAGCAUGUUCAGAGUAUUUACUGUAGGCCUAUGAACUCUUUGAACUCAGUGCCUCUGCAUGCUACAAUUUUAUCAUCGCCUACCUGCGUGUACAUCCAAAUUUUAUUAUGAGUUCAGCUACAGAAAUCCAAAAUUUCAUGACUUUUUAUUACAUGUACAACUCUGAUGACUUACAAAGACACUUUGUGGGCAUGGAUGCCUUUCAUUAUGAGGCUCUAACCAUGGAUUUAAUUUUUCUUAAGUACAUGGUUAGAAUCCCAUUGUUUGAAGUGGAAAGUACCAUUACGUCAUGCUCAAAAAUGCAGCGUUGGCACAUUUCACCAGCAAGUAAAAGGACAGGUCUCAACUGGGUCUAUAAACCUUGAUUAUAAGACCAGAAAUUUGGCAUUAUUGUCUACAUUAUCCAACAUUCAAGAAUAUUAAAACUUGCUUAUCAGAUUUGAUUUUUUGCUGUUCAGACUGAAAACUUUCCCUACGAGAUCACUUGGGUUUUGGUUUGUCACUUCUACCAUCUUCAGUUUUUCUUACAAAGGUUUACCUUUUGAGUUUGCUCUCGUUUCACCUUUACAUUGACGUAUGAGUUUGUCACCUGCAAAAAUGUUUAAACACUUUGAAAAGUUUUUAGGCAACAAUAAUUUUCCUACGAUAUCAGACAGCGGAGAAGUUAUCCCCAUUCUAUCAAUGGUUGCAUAUCAGCAUGGCUGUAUGUCUAUAUUUUAGCUUUAUAAAUCCACAGUUGGGCCAUCCUUGUUUUUAAAAAUCACUGAAGUCGUUCCUUGUGUCCUAAUUUCAACGAGGUAAAAAGUUUUGGGUAAACAAGAACAAGUCCUGAAUUGUAAAGACAUUCAUGUGUAUGAGGAGUCUGUCUGAAGUCACCAGAGUUUUUGCAUUGCAUUCCCUACACUGUAGUCUGGUAAUCAUUUGCAGUUCAACCUUAUAUUACAAAUUAUUUUUUAAGGUCUUUUUUUGUUGUUUUUUUUACAAUCCUUUUUCUUUUUUUCCAAUAGACCCUCCUUCAGUUUUCUUCUGAGAUUUUAAGUAAGACCGUUCCAACAAACUUCUAGUAUUGCCACUGCAGGAAGAUGCAGAACUCGGACAUAUCAAACUAUACCACCAGAUUCUCAAGCGACAGGGCUAACUUGCUGUGUUUUUCAUUCAAUCGCUGACGCUGGCGUAGAUUUCUCAGUCAUCCAGGUCAGGACGAUCCUUAGUGCUUGAGUAGAAGGCAACUGGACUUCUUCCGUCGCUUCUUGUCCCAGUUCACACCAUGGGACAUGUGACCAAAACACGUGUCUUAACCUUCAAUUGUCCGGUUAGUGUGGUUCCAUGAUCCGUAAACAACUCCAACCAUGUUCAGAAUUGAAGAAGCCCCUCUGAAUGAGCGACGAAACGUCUUCACGAAACGAGAGAAGUCCAGUUCUGCUUAAGCACGUAGGAUUCGAUUGCUGACAUUACUCAGAUGCAUCCUGCACUUUCCAGUCUUUGACACCUCAAUUGACAAUGAAGGAAUGUGUUUAUUACCGGUGUUGUGGGUUCGGUGGACCAAAAAUCCGCUCAUACGGCACAGUAACUUUGAAGAGACAGCCUUGAAGAGAAGAUAUUCAGCGGUCUUACCAUAGUAUUUCGUCGAUAAUUUGUAUAGAUUUUCAUUUAGAUGGAAAGAGAGAAAAAAAUAGAUAAAACUGUAGCUAUUUAUUUGUAACCGUAGCUUUUGUUGUUGCCUUUUAAGGAUAAACAAAUCUACAUACCAGUCAUUGGCCGUCUGUUUAGAUCUAUUUUGUAUAGAUGAUAGAUGCUUACUAGUCUGGUAUCGACCACCUCUCGUCAGGAAAACAUCGAUCCAGGGACAUGUUUGAUCCACCAUGGGCUAUUAAAAUAAUGCAAAGUGUAUGUGGAACGUUAAUCUCUGCUCUGUUUAAAAGAGUAACCCAAUAGCUCUUGUAAAUACAGCUGUUGAUUAAUAUUGUAGAUUUCUUAUGUGGAGCCUGCUCUGGGUUUCAUUACUGAUGUGCCAUGAAUGUGCUGAUGGACUGAAAAUGGACAAGGUAAAUCUUGGUGUGUGUGUGUGUGUGUGUGUGAUGAGGGUUUGGGAAGCUUUCACAGACGUGAUUUAAAUGCUUUGAUUUGAGUCGGGCUUAAUGUGUUUUUAUCAAUGAAGUUGCUAUUCUGAUCUUAGUUCAGUUUAAUUCUUUUCAUUUAAAUAUCGAGAUUCUUUGUAGUGCUGCACUUUUUUUUUUUUUUUGCUGUCCAGUUGCUUCUAAUAAACCCCCCACAAGGGGGCGUAUUAUUUCCUAAGUUGUAAAGCAAAUGGAUGCUUUGCAUUUUAGUGGCGUGGCUGCUUUGACGUUUACCCGCCUUGUUAAUCUCCAGGCAGAUAAUGUCUCCUUUUUCCUUUUAAAUAGUAAACUUUGCUGUUAUUUGAUUUUAGUGAUUGCUGUAACCCAUUUCAUUCCUCUUCACCUCCCGAUGCGGUUUGCGCUCAGACAAGCCGUUUUGCUGUCUUCUGCUCUCUGGGAUCUGUCUCAUGAACUUCGAACUCAUCUGACGAGAAGCUCAUCUCAGAGUCUGCUUGAAUAUUCAGGCGCACUUCGAGUCGAUCCAGCUUCGUGAAACAGACCCCAGGAGUGCCAUUCCUGUUUACCUGCUGAAAGUUGCUCUUUGUUCUUCCACUUGGAAUAUUGUGUUGUACUUGGUAUAUUUUUACUGCCCUUUGAGGUUUAUUUGGUUCUUUGUUGUAAUUAUUGUUUAACAGUUUUCUUAAAACGGAUGAAUAAACUUUAUUAGCUAUUGUCA